ACACAAUCUACGUCAAUUGUACGCUUAAGCACGUGUGUGUCUGUAAAUAUAAUCACCAGCUGAUCACAGAUUCUUCAGAAUGAAAAAAACAAAAGGUAAAAAAGGGGGGAAGAAAGCUAGUGUGACAAAACUCAACAAUAAGCUCACAACAAGGCUAGCAAGGCAAGGGAAACUCAAGAAGAAGAAACCAAAGCGAAGAUUUGAUGAUGACAAAAACAAUAAAAAAGAAUCGAAGGAACAGGAAAAUCAUCAACAAGAAUCUUGUCAGUCUGAACUGUCAGAUGAAGAUGUCGACUAUUUCAGUACACCGGGGAUGAACACAAGUUUUGUUAAAUCUAGUUUGCAUGCAGAAUCCGCAUCAAGAAAAAGAAAACUUGUUGAUGAGACUGAAUCUCCCUUUGAGAGGCUUCCACGUAAAAUUGUUCACAAAGAAGACAACCAGAACUUGAAGUCUUUGUUACCGAUUAAAACAAAGAAGGGAACAGUCAUACCACAGAUGAUGGAAGCAGAGUCGGUUUCAGUUAAAGCAGAUGAGAAAGAAGAUUUAACAGAGGAGGAAGUGUAUGAUACACCAGUUGAUGUCCCUGUACCAGAGGUUUUACCUCAACUCAGUAGCAUACAACUUAUGUAUAUAAGGAAGCAAAAGUUGAUCGAUCGCAGACGGAGGAUAGCUCUACUGGCAAGUGCUCUGAUAGAGAACCCUGAGGCUAAUAUAAGAAAACUAAAGGAGUUGAGGUUGAUGCUGGAGGAGGAGGACCGUGAUGUUUUCCUGACUGUGAGGAAGCUGGCAAUGGUCUCAUUGAUGGAAGUAUUUAAGGACAUUGUCCCGGGAUACCGACUUCGUAUCGCCACUCAAGAAGAAAAAUCCCAAAAGGCUAAAAAAGAAACAAAGACAUUGCGUGACUAUGAAGAAUUGUUCUUAUUGAACUAUCGCCAUUACUUGGAAUUUUUGGAGAGAACUGUACGAGGCCAAGUCUCCAAGAAAGAAGUUUAUAAUGGCAGUCAGGCAAAUGGCGGUGACGAAUCCAGUUUACAGCAGGACAAUGUUAAGGUAGGUGAGUUAAUGUCAGGCUCUAGUGUUCCUGGAUGGGUAUGUAAUGACUGGUUCUGUUUACAGAUGUCGUGUAUAGCCUGUGAGGCCGUCCAUAGUGUCUUCAAAGAAGAUCGGGGAGGCCAUGUUAGCUUAGAGAUUGUCAAGGUGGUCAGUAAAAUGAUCAAAUCCAGAAAUUUUAGAGUAAAGAGGGAGGUACUAGAUACUUUUCUCAGCCUCAGAAUCAAGGAAGUAAACUACAAGUCUGAGGAAGAGAAGUUGACAGGUCAGCAGCGCAAAGACAUGAUGAAGAAAAUGUCAAAACGAGAGAAAAAAAGAAAGAAGAAGAUGGAAGAGUUAGAAAAGGAAUUGCAGGAAACAAGAGCGACAGAAGACAAAAGGAAGAGAAUGAAAUUACACACAGAGACGAUACAAACAGUGUUUUUGACUUAUUUCCGCAUCUUAAAGGGAGGAAUCAGCUCAGAGCUCUUGUCUGCAGUUCUGGAAGGAUUAGCAAAAUUUGCCCAUCUGAUCAAUGUUGAUUUCUUUGAUGACUUGUUCAAAGUUUUUGAUGAAUUGAUUUCAUCUCAGACACUGUCCUAUAGGGAGUCGCUGCACUGUGUACAGACGGCGUUCAUCAUUUUGUCCGGACAGGGAGCUGCACUGAACAUUGAUCCUAUCACCUUCUACACCCAUCUGUACAAUACACUGUUCAAGGUCCAUGCAGGGUCGUCUUGUGAAGAUAUCCCUAUCAUCCUCAAUUGUCUGGAUGCCAUGGUAACAAGAAGGAAAAGGCAGAUUUCCCAGCAAAGAGUUCUGGCAUUCAUCAAGAGACUGUUAACACUGGCCCUGAUGCAGUGUCAUGAGGGCAGCCUUGGUUUACUGUUAGCUGUCAGAAGCUUCAUAUUGACCUACAAAUCUAGUGAGAUGCUCUUUGAUAAUGAGACUCAGGGGAGUGGUGUCUUCCUGCCAGAGUUGGCUGAUCCUGAACACUGCAAUGCACACAACAGUAUGUUGUGGGAGCUACCACUGUUAAAGCGUCAUUACCAUCCACUGGUUAGACAGAUCAGUAGCCAUGUGUCACUACUAACCCCGACUACAGGAGAAGGACAAUUAGCCACGGACCUCGCACGAAAAAGUCCUAAGGAGCUGUAUGAAGCACAUCAAACCAGAGAGGAGCUCUUCUUUCCAAUGCCACCAAAGAAAUCCUCCUCAAAAAACAAAACGCUACACAACAAGGUUGGUGGUCAUAACCUGAUUCAAAAGGACUUUAACCUUUCAACAGAAGAUAUGUUCCUGUCUUGUCGAUUAUGAAGGAUUACGAAAUACGCCAGGCUUUAAAUACUACUCGGAAGUGAACUGAUUUCAGUGAUUGUGUCAGGAAUUAAAACAUUUAAACCAA